AUGCCGUACGACUUGCAAGGACGCAACGUCUUGAUCACUGGUGGCUCGAGAGGCCUCGGUGCCGUCCUCGCCCGCACCUUCGCUGCACAGGGGUGCAAUGUGGCGAUCAACUUUCAAAGCUCGGAGGCUGCGGCGAAGGACCUCGCCCAGGAAGUUGAAGAGAAGUACCGCAUCAAAUCUACGAUAAUCAAGGCUGAUGUCGGCAUCGCUACCGAAUGUGAGCGCUGUGUGAGAGAGACAGUCAAGACGCUCGGGGGCUUGGACAUUCUCAUCGGAAAUGCCGGGUACACGAAGUUCACGGACAAUUGGGGUGAUCUCGAGGCGCUUAACGAGGAGGACUGGGAUAAAUGUUUCGCCGUCAACGUGAAAUCAAAGCUUGCACUCAUGAAAGCCGCCGGUCCCAUCCUCCGUGAGAACCCGGAAGGGGGUGUGUUUCUCAUCACGUCAUCUAUAGCGGGCGUCUCUCAGGGCGGCAGCUCAAUGGCUUACUCGGUGACCAAAGCCGCUCAGCUUCACCUGAUGAAGUGUUUGGCUUCAGUUUGUGGCCCCAAGAUUCGGAUCAACGCCGUACUGCCUGGUCUCUUGUUGACUGAUUGGGGAAAUCAAUAUGGCGAGGAGCGCAUUGCGUCUCUCAAAGAGAGAGCAGCUCUGAAGAGGGAGACGGAUCUGCAAGAUUGCGCGAACGCCUUUCUAGAUCUCGCCAAAAACACGUCCAUCACUGGCGCCAAGAUUCAAGUUGGUAUGAGUCCAAAUGUCCGAUAA